GAAUAUUGACUUCCUCGCUAUCUACAUUAACAAUUUGAAAAAGAUAUAAAAAAUUGUUACAAUUUAAUUUUUAAUGUUUAGUUUAGAUACGGAAGUAAGACAUUAUUUAACCACAUUUGUGUAUGAUUUACAUUCCAGAGUAGAAGUAGAAGUCUUUUUGUUGUAUUUUGUCAGCCUAUUAGAGCAAGUGAUGAAGAGAAUAAAGAAUUUAAAGAUCGGUAGUCUAGAAGACAUACCUGUGGCAGUAUGGAGAUGUUUAGAAGGGAGGGCAGUGGACUUUUUAACUACAUUGUUUAACACAAUCUUAGAAAGUGAGAGGAUGCCUGAGGAAUAGAGAAGAUGUUUACUGCUACCAGUUUUCAACAACAAGCGUGAUGUGGAGAGCUGUAAUAACUGCAGAGAGAUAGAGUUGAUGAGACAUGCCAUUAAUCUAUGGGAAAGAGUUGGUAAAGCUAGUCUAAGAAGAGAACUGAUCAUCAGUGAGCUGUGUGGACCGUAGAGGAGAUCCAUGGAUAGAGUGAAGGAGGAAUGCAGAGGGUUGGUGUGACAGAAGAGGAUGCAAAGCUUAUUGGAUACUGUGGCUGCAGAGAUUUCUUCUGAUUCAGGAAAAGGGAUUACCUGGGUUUUAGUGUAUCGGACUGAAAAGUACAAGAGGCUAAAGGCUGAAGUGGAAAAGCAAAGCAAAAAACUUGAGAAGAAAAAGGAAACCAUAACUGAAUCUGCUGGACGCCAACAAAAGAAGAAGAUUGAAAGGCAAGAGGAGAAGCUGAAGAACAACAACAGAGACCUGUCUAUGGUACGGAUGAAAUCCAUGUUCGCCAUUGGUUUCUGCUUCACAGCUCUCAUGGGCAUGUUCAACUCCAUUUUCGAUGGAAGAGUUGUGGCCAAAUUGCCAUUUGUGCCACUGUCGUAUAUCCAGGGACUGUCACACCGCAACCUGCUGGGCGAGGAUUACACCGACUGCUCCUUUAUUUUCCUCUAUAUCCUCUGCACCAUGUCCAUCAGACAGAACAUUCAGAAGAUGCUCGGUCUUGCACCCUCCAGAGCUGCAACCAAACAGGCUGGAGGCUUUUUAGGACCUCCUCCACAAGCAGCUAAGUUUUCGUAAUCAGCAGCCCAGAUGUUCCUGCACUGCUGCCUGCAGUCAUAGCGCCCCAACCAGUGCACAGACAGAACUGCUCCUGCUGAGGUUAAAAGUCUUACCCGUUGCAGCUACAGUACCACUACUUUGUUUGAUUUCUUAUUCAUUUUGUUGUUUAUUUAACAUUAAACAUUAUAACUGUUUUGGUUAGAAAUUAUAGGAACAUUAUAGUUCAUUCUGUUGAUUAUUAAAGGUUACAAAUGUCAGCUGUGCAUUCAGCAAAAUUCAUGGAGUGUUUGGAGAUUUUAAAUUAACGAUUGACACAGUAACAUCUGAUCCAGUUUCAGUAUUAUUGUCAUUGUGUACUGUUGUGUCAUGCAUAUUAAUAAAGUUUUAUGAUUAUA